AACCUCCCAACAAAACUUAAGCUUUUUCUUCUUUUUUUUCAACUCAUAAAACUAAAAUAAUAAUAAAAGAUCAUUGCAUCUUCUUCGUAUUCAAAAAGAAGAUGUCUUUGUCUAUUGCUUUUGAACAAAACCACUGAAUUAAAAAAAACAAGAAUUUGUACAUAAACUAAACAAAAACCAGAGGAAACAUCAUAAAAAAAUAGAGUGAAAAGAUGAAUGACUUAUUCUCAAAUUCGUUCAAGCGGAACCAGGCUCAAAUGAGCGAUGUGGAAGCAGGUCAAGAAACGAUGAACCUCGACAAAUUCUUCGAGGACGUUGAGAAUGUGAAGGAUGACAUGAAAGGAGUGGAGACUCUUUAUAAGAAGCUUCAAGACUCCAACGAAGAAUGCCAGACCGUGCACAAUGCCAAGAAGGUGAAGGAGCUACGAGCUAAGAUGGAUGCUGACGUGGGUCAGGUCCUUAAGAGGGUCAAAAUCAUUAAGCAGAAGCUCGAAGCCCUAGAGAAAGCCAACGCUAAUAGCCGUAAUGUCCCGGGUUGUGGGCCCGGUUCGUCUACUGAUAGGACUCGGUCUUCUGUGGUUAGCGGUCUCGGGAAGAAGUUGAAGGACUUGAUGGAUAGUUUCCAGAGUCUACGUGCGCGAAUGAACGAUGAGUAUAAGGAAACCGUAGAGCGCAGGUAUUUCACAAUAACAGGAGAAAAAGCGGACGAGCAAACAAUUGAUAACUUGAUUGCAAGCGGUGAGAGUGAAAAUUUUCUCCAAAAAGCGAUUCAAGAGCAAGGAAGAGGUGAGAUCAUGGACACGAUAUCUGAGAUCCAGGAAAGACAUGAUGCAGUGAAGGAGAUAGAGAAGAAUCUACUUGAGCUGCACCAAGUUUUCUUGGACAUGGCGGCUUUAGUAGAAGCACAAGGGCAACAGCUGAACAAUAUAGAGAGCCAUGUGGCAAAGGCUAGCUCGUUUGUGAGAAGAGGGACCGAUCAGCUCCAAGACGCGAGGGAAUACCAAAAGAGCUCGAGGAAAUGGACUUGUUAUGCCAUCAUUCUCUUCAUCGUUGUCUUUAUCCUUCUUCUUAUUCCCGUUAUGCCCCAUAUUAUGCUCAUGCUGAAAUGAAUUUUUUAGAGUUUGAUUCUGAUUCUUACAACUCUUCGCCUAUUCCUUCUUCUUGUUUUUUCUUUCUUUAAGGGGGUAGUUAGAGUAUAUAUGAUGAAACCACGGAAAGGGAUUUGUAGAACAAUUUUUUUUUUGAAACAUGGGAUCGUUAUUAUCUCCAUCUUUAGUAGUGGAUGUGACAAUAACAUGUAUGUUGAUUUGUUAUAGUCUUAUA